UUGAAGAAUGGGAACAAUCUCAAUUUCUCCAUUGAUGAUGAGAAUGUUCGUUUACUGGAAUGAGAACAAUCAAUCUCUUUCCUUCUCUUUCUCUCAAAUCCUAUUCGUCUCCUAUCUGCUUCACGCUGAACAGGCUCGCCAUGGUUGUUUACACUCGGGAGUUACAAACAGAGGCGUCUCAGUCUUCGUCUAGUGGCGGUCCUAUGUUUUCCGGCAACGCAACCACGAUCCUACGCCGGAUGCUUGCCGAGAGGAGGAUUAGCAGCUUUCAGGUGGAGAGUCAGAGAAAGAAAGAGAAGCUGGAUAAGACAUUAAAGGGUCUGUGUGUUACUGGGAGGUUGAAAGAUGCUGUUGGGUUAUUGUGGCGUAGCGGGUGGUUGCAAGUCCAGCCUGAGACUUACGCUGUGUUGUUGCAGGAAUGUAAACAAAGGAAGGAAUAUGGUAAAGGGAAAAGGAUACAUGCUCAGAUGGUUGUUGUAGGAUUUGCUCCCAAUGAGUAUUUGAAAGUCAAGUUGUUGAUUCUGUACGCCUUAUCAGGGGAUCUUCAAACCGCUGGGAUUCUCUUUCGUUGUUUGCUAUGUAAGGGGGAUUUGAUUCCCUGGAACGCAAUGAUAUCUGGGUAUGUGCAAAAGCGUAUGGAGCAAGAAGGGCUUUAUAUUUACUAUGAUAUGAGACACAACAGAAUAGUUCCGGACCAGUAUACCUUUGCUUCAGUGUUUAGAGCUUGUUCUGCGUUAGCAUCCCUGGAACACGGAAUGAGAGCCCACGCUGUGAUGAUUAAGUGCCAUCAUAUCAAGUCCAACAUUAUAGUGGAUAGUGCCCUUGUUGAUAUGUACUUCAAAUGCAGCAGUUUCUCUGAUGGCCACAAAUUAUUUGAUCAGUUGUCCACCAGAAACGUUGUUACCUGGACCUCAUUGAUGUCUGGGUAUGGAUAUCAUGGAAAAGUCUCAGAGGUGUUAAAAUGCUUUGAUAAGAUGAAGGAAGAAGGUUGUAGACCAAAUCCUGUUACGUUUUUGGUGGUUCUCACUGCGUGUAACCAUGGAGGUUUUGUUGAUAAAGCUUGGGAGCAUUUCAGUUCUAUGAAGAGAGAUUACGAGAUUGAACCUGAGGGACAACACUACGCAGCUAUGGUUGAUACAUUAGGGCGUGCUGGUAGGCUACAAGAAGCAUACGAAUUUGUUAUGAAGUCACCGUGCAAGGAGCACGCUCCAGUAUGGGGUUCGUUACUUGGGGCUUGCAGGAUUCAUGGGAAUGUGAAACUGCUAGAAGUGGCAGCUACAAAGUUUUUGGAGUUGGAUCCAACAAAUGGGGGGAAUUACGUAGUGUUUGCCAAUGGAUAUGCGAGUUGCGGAUUCCUGGACGCUGCCUCAAAGGUUCGACGGAGAAUGGAGAAUGCAGGAGUUAAAAAAGAUCCCGGGUAUAGCCAGAUCGAAUUACAAGGGGAAGUUCAUAGAUUCAUGAAGGAUGAUACGUCUCACAGACUCUCUGUAAAGAUAUAUGAGAAGGUGCAUGAGAUGACUUCAUAUUUUAUGGAUGUUGACUGCUAUUCAGACGACUUAGACGCUAGCUGUCCUAUUUGAUGGACUGAUAUCUCGUCUUGCAUUGUUUGACCCAAAACAACCUGCAAUUAGCUAAAAGAAUUCUGAAUCCAAAGAUGUUGUUGGAGUUUCCAAACUACUAUGAGUCUAUGAAUGUAGUUGUACGGUACGAGUACGACCUAUGUUUGGUUUGAUUCACCGGUCUACGUUCUUUUGAAAGGUAUGAAAAGUAUGAUCUUCUAAUGUCUCGUAAAAAAGUACAAUACGUGUUGAUAUGGAUAGCUUAUACUCAACUACAACAACGGUAUUGGUAGCUUUGGACCGAAAUGGUAGACCGAAAUGGCUUAUACUCAACUACAACAAUGGUAGAUCGAAAUGGCUCUUUGUUAGCGUCAUUCAAUAAGAAUCAUAAGCCAGCUGGAAGAAGACCAUUUUUAGGAGUUUGGUUUUGAGCAGAUGACAGAAGCUUUCUAAGUAGAUUUCGAGAUAGUCUUGUAAUNUUUUUUUUUUUUUUUUUUUUUUUUGUCGUCUAGUCUUGUAAUUCAUUUUAAAAUAUGUAUUUCGAGAUAGUCUUGUAAUU